AUAUAAACGAGUAUCGAACCUGAGGAGUUUCAGAUCCCUUCGUAUUCCCCACAUUUGAUAUUUGAUAAUUUCCUGCACAAUUGAAUUUCCGAAUUGAUUGAUUCUGUCUGUUCACAAGGAGCUGUUUUAAAACAUGAAAACCUUCAAAAAAUUUUUUUUUCCCCUCGACACUCCUCACAUCCGGUGUUUAUCAACGUCGACCAUUCCUAUCGUCAGGAUUCCCUUUAUUUAUUCUUGAAGAUCUCAUGUCGUUACCAAAGGGUUAAUAGGGUCAACCACGAGACGAGUGGAGCGGUACCUCGUCCCCCAGUGGACCCUGGAAGAACGUUUGACCUUUCGAAUACUUUAUUCCUCUCUUCCAUUUGGCUUUUCAUAAUUUUUUUGAACGAUUGGAAGGGAGGAGGGAGUUGAUCAGAAGAACCAAACUCUCUCACCGAGAAAAGAACAGAAAGGAAUAAUGGCAUAAGGUCAGACUGAAGGGAUCUAUACGUCUGGUUUCCAUCAUCACCAAUCCACAUUGUCUGAUUGUCCCCUAUCUAGGCAAAGCAGUAACAAAGUAGUAAAACAAAACCAGUCACUUUUAACUAUUGUCCAAUGAUUUCAAUAAUUCUGGUGAAUCCUAUUUUAACGAUUCUAUCAUUUUGCGUCUGAUUUGUCAUGUGUUAAUUGGUUUAUAACCGUGGAAGUCACUUAAUAAUGGCAACACCGAGCGGAAUCGCGAUACCCGGAAAUUGCAGAGUCGAUAUCGCCACCUCGGACUGCUACGACCUUCAGUAUUGUCUAUAAUAACCGGUGAUGAGCAAUCCUUCGUAAAUGAACAAAUAAUUGGUAGUAGAUAAUCAUCACAGACCCAAUAAUAGCGCUAUUUAGGGUACAUCCCUACCUCCAUUAUUUAUAUAUUUUUUAGAAUAAAUGACCUCGACUUCAUUUUCGAUUCUCGAGUCAUUUUACUUCCACGAAACAAUAUAAAAAAUUUGUCAGGCACUGGUGCAUAAAUUAAAUUUUUUCGGUGUCCCAUGAACCUGUUUGAGCCCAUGUUAACCGAUCUGUGUUGAUCUCUCGCAUCACACAGAUAACACUAUCUGAAUAACUGGUACAAUUACACGUGCGCAAUAUUUCCUAGAAGUUUUUACUGCGAUUCAAGGUCGGCAUGAAUACAUGUCCAAAAAUAUCUUCCGCUUGAGACAUAAUUUUAUGGUAACAUCAGUGUCAUAAUUUCCCACGGGUGAUGUAUGGAGGCAUUUAAAAAAUCACGUCAUGGGGUGUGGGCCCGUACCCUCCCAAAUACAGCAGCAACUUCUGAUGUUCAACAGAGGAACAUCCAUGAGGUUUCGGGGGAUGUGGUGCCUAUAAAUAUGGUGAAGGGCAUAGGGCAUCUGAGAGAUCCACGUCUGAAUAAGGGGCUAGCAUUCACCCUGAAGGAGCGGAUAGCCUUGGGUAUUCACGGUCUCCAGCCCCCUCGUUUCAAAACCCAGGAUGAACAGCUGGCUCUGUGCAAGGCCUCGGUGAUGAAGUACACGGAGGAUCUCAAUCGUUAUCUCUACCUUGUGGAGCUCCAGGAGAGGAACGAACGCUUGUUCUUCCGACUCCUGAGUGAGAACAUCGAGCAGAUGAUGCCUAUUGUCUACACACCGACUGUUGGCCUUGCCUGUCAAAAAUUUGGAGUUAUUUAUCGACGACCCAGAGGACUUUUCAUAACAAUUUAUGAUAAGGGCCAUAUCUAUGAGAUUCUGAAUAAUUGGCCAGAGCAAGCAGUUCGCGCCAUCUGCGUCACUGAUGGAGAGCGGAUAUUGGGUCUAGGUGAUCUUGGUGCUUGCGGAAUGGGAAUUCCAGUAGGAAAAUUAGCUCUGUACACUGCUCUCGCGGGAAUUAAGCCUCACCAGUGUCUUCCAAUAACGAUAGAUGUUGGAACGAAUAACGAACAGCUUCGCGAUGAUCCUCAUUACAUUGGUCUCAACAAACCGAGGAGUAAAGGGGCUGAGUACGAUGAGCUCAUUGAUGAGUUCAUGGCUGCUUGUGUGAAGAAGUAUGGGCAGAAUGUUUUAAUUCAGUUCGAGGACUUCGGCAACCACAACGCUUUCCGUUUCCUCGACAAAUAUCGUGACAAAUAUUGUACAUUCAAUGACGACAUCCAGGGAACGGCCGCUGUCGCCGUAGCUGGAAUAAUGGCAUCUCAAAGAGUCACAAAAAGAAAGAUGUCUGAUAAUAAAUUCGUCUUCCUGGGCGCUGGUGAGGCUGCCAUUGGAAUCGCUGAUUUAUGUAUUAAAGCCAUGGAGGCCGAUGGUUGCACUGAGCAAGAGGCCAGGGACAAAGUUUGGAUGAUGGAUAUCGAUGGGUUAUUGACGAAAGAUCGUAAAGUCGGAAAUUUGGAUGGUCACAAAUUGUGGUAUGCUAAGGACCAUAGGGAAAUUAAAACUCUGUUAGAUGUUGUCAAAGAAGUCAAACCGACGUGUCUGAUUGGUGCAUCGGCUGCUGCGGGAGCGUUUACUCCUGAGAUACUCCAGGAAAUGGCGAAGAAUAACGAGAGGCCACUUAUAUUUGCACUCAGUAAUCCGACCAGCAAGGCCGAGUGCACUGCCCAGCAGGCUUAUGACAAUACUCAGGGAAGAUGCAUAUUCUCAUCGGGGUCGCCCUUCGGCGAAGUCAAGUAUGACGGGAAAAUCUAUAAACCCGGCCAAGGGAACAACGCCUACAUCUUUCCGGGAAUCGCCCUCGGUGUUAUUGCCACCGGUGUUCAUCACAUUACGGAGGAUCUCUUUCUGAUAUCAGCGAAGACCGUUGCAGAUCACGUUACUGAGGAGGACUUGGCCAGAGGCAGUCUCUACCCUCCCCUGGGAACUAUCAAAGAGUGUUCCAUUGAAAUCGCCGUCAGGAUUGCCGAAUAUGCCUACGGCCAAUGUGGACUAGCUAGUGAAUAUCCCGAACCCAAAGACAAGAAGAAGUUCAUAAUGGAGAAGAUGUAUGAUGCCAACUAUGACAGCCCACUUCCUAACUUCUAUGAAUGGCCUGAAGACUAUGCAAAACCAAGGGUUCUUCCGGAGGAGGAAAAUCUCGAAAUUCGCCACAAUUUGAAGCAUUUGUGAAAAGUUGAGUGAUUGAAUGAGUGAAUUCACAAUUCAACGUGUUGAUGCUGAGGAAAAUGAGUAACUCUACGUCGAAAACUGCCGCAACUAGCCAUCUCAAAAAUUAUCUCUUAAUUCUGAUUGUAUUAUUCACAAUGACAAAUUCAGUAUCCGAUUCAGUAUUUUUUUAGAAUUUUGGGGAGAUUUUUUAUCAGUCGAAAGUUCUCUACAGUCGAUUUUUUUUCUAUGUUCAAGAAUGAAAUUUUUUCCAUUGACUGGAUAUUGAUUUUUUAAUUGAACAAUUUAUCUAGGAGUGAAUUGAAUUAGUUAACUGAUUGAUCGGUCGCUUGGUUCAUCGUCCUUCAAUCUGUUUAGUCAAAUGAUGAAGUAUUACGUAAGAACGAAGGAAAGUAAUAAAAUACGGUUGUCAAAGUAUUCUUCAUGCCAUUUUCAGAAUUUUAUCGUCAUCAGUGAAAAAUUUAUCAGCGUUUGGUGCUUUUGGCGUUCCAUUAAUUUUCAUAGCCUUUUGAACUAUUGUACUUAAUUGUUGAUGUUGUCAACUUUGAGGAUAAUUGCGGGUUUCAUUACGUGUUCCAUUCAUCGAUAAGGAAUUUCAUAUGUCUAUUUUACCUCGCGAAAUUGUGAUCUAAGGAAACUUUGUGAAUUCUUAUACUACAAAUGAGAUUCAACAGUUAUUUAUUCUGUCGCAGCAAAUGAUUUUUAUGUCAUUUUUGCUGUCGAUUAGUUAAAGUAUUGUCGGUUCUGUAAUAAAAAUGAUAAGUCAAACAGUAA